AUGGCAGAAGAGAUGAACCACACCUCGGAGGCCCAGGAGACACAGACCAACGGAGAACACAGCCUAACAGACUCCCCUAUCCUGGGGAACAUGGUACGCACCGAGCUGGAAUGGGACGUGCCCAUGAGUGUCCCUUUGCCCAUCGAGGUCAUCAGUACUGACCAGCCUUUCCCGUUCCUGGACACCACCCUGGCAGACCUGGGCAUCGAAGAAUCCGCAGUGAAGGAGCGGGUGGUGUGGGUGGACACCAAGCGGACGCAGGUGAAGAGCAAGUCAGGCAAACUGAAGGAGAAGGAAAUCACCAUCUUGGAGGUACGGGUCAAGGCCCAGAUCCCCGGAGACAAGAAUACCCAGGAGGUACUCUACAGCACCGAGUCCCACACAGACCGCUCCUUCUGUCGGACCGGAGUGGAUAUCCUGCCCUGGAAGAGUCACACACAGACAGAGGAGAAUGGCUUCCAGCCAGUAGAGAUGACCAUGGCCUUGGACAUCGAGUCACAGCCCAAACAGGAGAUUCGAGAGGUGUGAGGGAACACUCAGGAUCAUCGCCAGAAAAAGCUAUA